AUGGGCCCCUGUACCGCCUCCUCAUGCUGCUGCCAGGCCCCUAAUCUGCCAUGGGCCCCUGUACCGCCUCCUCAUGCUGCUGCCAGGCCCCUAAUCUGCCAUGGGCCCCUGUACCGCCUCCUCAUGCUGCUGCCAGGCCCCUAAUCUGCCAUGGGCCCCUAUACCGCCUCCUCAUGCUGCUGCCAAGUCCAGAGUCUGUCAUGGGUCCCUGUACGGCCUCCCAUUGCUGCUGUCUCCAUCGCCACACUCUGCCAUGUGCCACUUCAGGUCUCUCCACACACUGCUGUGUGUGAAUUUUUUUGACAUUAGGGUGCUGGCAGAUUACGGGCCUCCCAUAGCUGCUGCCAGGCCCCUAAUCUGCCAUGGGCCCCUGUACCGCCUCCUCAUGCUGCUGCCCCAGAGUCUCUCAUGGGUCCACAUUGUGUCUCAUCGCCACACCAUGCCAUGUGCCACUUUCAGGUCUCCUCACACUGCUGGUGUGUUCAAUUUUUUGACAUAGGGUGCUGGCAGAUUACGGGCCUCCUAUAGCUGCUGCCAGGCC